CUCAGUCUCUGGGGACAUGAUUAUUGGUGUUCAGUGAAGGAGUGCUCCAGUGGUGGAUUUGACUGUGAAAAAAAAAAAGAAGUGAUUUAAUACGGGUUAUGGGAAGAUGGUGAAGGGGCAAUACGGUCACUGGAAUGGGUUCGCAAUCGCUGGAAAUAUUGAGACAAGGUGUUUGGGCGAGUUUGACUGGAGGAUGGUUCUACGAUCCACAUUUAGAUGUUUUUUCAAACACUUUUCAUCUUUAUACGUGGCUCUUUCUACUCUGUUUGCCAUUCACUAUUUAUCUGUUUUUUCCACCAACUUUCUACGUAUGGCUCGCCUACUGUGUCUCCAUCGUCACUCUGUUUGGCACGAUAAAAUGUGUGAAUCAUGCUCUACAUUGUGUUUACGAUACCAGCGAGUGCCUGGAGGAGCCAGGACCAGCUGUAAGUCUCAAGAAGUCAGAGAGCGAGAAGCAAAGGGCGGCACGUAGUAAAUGCCAUGACAGGUGCCAGGAUCAGGUGGAUCUUGGGAUUGAACUGCAGGUUUUGAAUGGAAAAACCGACACACCACCAGUGGAAUGUUCCUCAAGAAAUUCAUACAUCGAACAGAAUGCAGCGAGUGCUGAUGCUGAUAGUAUAACAUCAGAGUACAAUCGUGAAAAGCCAAAUUCAACGAUCGAUUUGAAAGUUGAAAUACAUCGUAAAAAUAGUUCAGAGAGUUCUGAAGAGUCCCAGCAAUUGAAGACAACUGUGAUGAAUGUAGAUGACGAGGUUGAGUGGAGAAAGAGACGUUUGCAGAGUGGAGGUGUGUGUAGACAUGCGUCUGCAGAUUCCCACUGCAGACACUCGAAGCAGGGUGCCUCGAAGGCGGGAUUCGAGGGGAGUAGAAUUAAGCAGACUAGUUCGUUGGAGCUGGAGCAACAGCAUGGGGAGGAUUAUCCUUACUGGAAGUCCAAUCAGAGUGUUAGGAGGCUUGGAUCCAAUUCUGUGCCAAUGGAGACACAUCUUAUUACUGAUUAUCCGCAGAGUCUUGAACAAAUUAUAUCGAAGAAGAAUAAGGAGAUGGAUAAAAUGGAUAAAAUUAAAAUGCCAACGCAUCCACAAUCUUUAGAGGUAAUUGCUAAAAAAUUACACCAGCAACUGGUGCACCCCCAGAGUUUGGAAACAAUUGAUGCAACUAGCAAGAAUGCUGGUCCAUCAGACGACAAUAAUUUGCCACUGCAUCCCCAGAGUUUAGAAACAAUCAAUACGAAAAAAGUAUUAAGACAGAAUACCCUAAAACGUAAUCAACUUCAAUUACUUCCAUACCCGAGUUAUGGCUCUGAAAUAGUCCAUCCAAUAGCUGAACAGAGUGACGAACAAUUUGUAAAUGAGAGUGCAGGUGGUUACAGUUUGCGUGACUCCUACAGUCCACUAUUAGCAAGAAAAACGAAGGGAGAAUCGGGUGUAUGUGCCAAUCGUGAUCGUAGUUUGAGUGCCGGUGGGUUUGAGGACAGAUUUUCGAGGUUCAAUGGAGAAGUUGCUAUUGACGAUGACUCUGCCAAUUCUCGUGAGGCACUUCUCGAGGAAGCGAAGCCAGCGUACAAAAGGAGGUUCAGCAAUGCGAGUCAGAGUAGUCACGAAUUGUCGGACGGUGAGAGACGAAAAGAAAUUGUAGAUGAUCGAGAGAAAAAAUUGGAUGACCCUCUGAACUCGGGGAGUAUCGUUGGCAUUGACUGGCUGUUCGAGAAUGGAGACUGUGCGGUGGAACCUUGGGCGAGCAAAAACUACCAACCGAAAGACCCAGAUUCAGGGUCCUCGAGUACAACCACCCUCAGCAUCGACAACGAGGUCAAGAAGACCCUGCUGCCCCAGGGUCCGCCCCUCGACUCAAAGCGUCACCAAGGGGCGAUCCCUAAACAGCACCGUCCGAAGUCCCCCAAAGUCUCUCGACUCCUCUCCUCCCUCCCAUCACCCCCCUCCCCCCUCGCGGAACCGCGGCGGCCCCUGACGCGACGCGACUGCAUCCGCCGCGAUCGCCCCGAGCCGAAACCGGACCCGCCAAACAGUUCGAAUCACGAGCUCUCAAUGCUCCUCUCGAAAUCCACCCCCCGGAAUCAGCGAUUAAAAGAAGCGAUCCUAAAACUUAACACGGAAUAUCAGUCCCAGACCCCUCAGCCCACGCAAGAUACUCCGGGCCCGAGUAGAGUUCCCGUCCUCAUGCCGCGGAGGAACCGCCCUCGAAGGUUGAAGAGCAACCACAGAGCGCACCGCGCAGGUCCUCGUUACGGAUCUCGCGAGGAUUUCGCACCGAUAGCUGCCCUGCUCGGUCUGAUCUCAAAUGGCGAGUGCCACCUCGCGACGAACCACAACGACACGACCGAAGGUGCAGUCCACUGCUACCGCGACGACAACGGUCGCUGGCUGGCCUACACCUUCGACGAGAAGGGCUCCGGGGUGGCGACAUCAGUACCAAUUCCCCCUGGGCCCAGUGACAAGCUCCUCAACACGUUGCUAAUGAGACAACAACUUGGAGUCGAUCAUUACCCGCAACUGGACGGGAACCUAGAGAUAGCUGACUCCUUGAGCAACAGCUACAGCAGUUUGUCUCUAAACUCAGCAGGAUUAACUGUGAUCAUUGAUACACCCCCUGUAUUAUCGAGCCCUGCGAGCAACCAGCUGAAGAGGACAAUUUCUCAAACGCUUGUGGCUUCUGAACUAGCGGACUCCGUUCACUUCGAAAUUCGUAAGAUGGCUGAGCGAGACGUCUUCUUUCGGAUGAUUGCCGAGAGGGAUGAAAGGAUUCAAAAUAUUUUUGAGACACUAAGGUCCCACGUGGUAGAGAAUCCCAACCCGAGACCUGCCUUUCCUUCUCCGAAUCAUCAAGAAGCGGACAUCAACACUAGUCUGUCCUGGAAUCGUUUCAUCGAUGGGUUAGACGGUCCCGGUGAGAAGGCGAAACCCACGAGACAUUACUACAAAUGGAAGAUUGGUAGGCUACCUCAUAUCAAAGUGAGGUUCGACAGGCUAUCGUUACUUGCACUGUUGGAUAGGAAUUUAACGGUUGUUGAGACUAUAAUCUCGACGUUACUGGCCGUUCUAGUUGCUGGAUUGGGUCUUAGAUUGCUGCAGCAAGGCUUCUACAAAGACAUCUUCGCUUUCAUCUUCUGCUUUGUGACGGCAGGCUGUCAAUACUCGUUACUCAAGUCAGUGCAGCCCGACGCGGCUUCUCCGACUCAUGGCUUCAACCGGAUCAUCGUCUUCUCAAGACCGGUCUACUACAUCAUAGUCUCGAGUAUAAUCCUUAUCCUCAACGAAAUAUUGAGGAACUUCAAAACAUCUGACUUUCGAGUCUAUGGGUUGCGAGUGGCUGACUACGAUGUGAUAAUGCAGGUGAGGAACGUGUUAUUGAUCUUCCUGUUGACGUUUCCCAUCAUCUUUUCGUUGGGACUGUUCCCCCAGAUCAAUACCUUCCUCAUGUACAUCUGUGAACAUCUCGAUAUCCAUUUGUUCGGCGGCACAGCGACAACCGGACUCGUGUCUUCGAUCUACUGUUUAGCUAGAAGUGUUAUUACAGUCGCCACACUCUACGGAUUCGCUUACGGCGCCUUGACUGAGCCCAAGUCCUCCCAACACAUCCUCUUCUCCAUCUUCGUUGGACUCCUAGUCGCAAUCUCUUAUCACCUCAGCAGAUCCUCCUCCGAUCCCAGUGUAAUCUGGGACAUUGUCAAGACAAAUCUCUGGCCUCCGGAGAUGUACCUCGAAGAGAUGGAAGCGAAGAUCAUAGAGAACACUUCGAGAAGAGAGCCACCAGCUGCUAUUUACAAAGAAACCAAAAUCAGAACCUCAGGAAGGAAGAAGGACGUCAAGAUCAAAUUGGGAGAGCAGAUCUCGGACUCCGAAUUAGUCGAUCCUCUCCCAAAGAAGCUGAGGACAACGGUCAAAGCCAGAUUAAAGAACGAUCUCAUAGUGUGUGCUGUCAUUGGAGUCUUAUCCUUCGCGAUUCAUGCCUCAACAGUUUUCACUGCCCUCCAACCAGAAUUGAACCCAGUCCUCUGGGGGAUCGCCAGUUGCCUAGGUUUCCUCCUCCAUUACAUAAUUCCAGAACUCAGGAAGCAGCUUCCCUGGCUCUGCCUAGCCAGACCUGUCCUGAGAUCCCACGAACACGCUCAAUUCGAAGUCAGAGAACCCGUCAAAAUCAUGUGGUUCGAGAAGGUCUACGUCUGCCUCUGUUUCCUCGAGAGGAACAUCCUCUACCCCAUCGUCUUCCUCGGAGCUCUAACCGAAAACUCCCCACAAAUCGUCGAGAAAUACGGACAGAGCAUAGGACCUCUAAUCAUUGUUGUCUGUGGCCUCAAAAGCUUGAGAUCCUCCUACGCAGAUCCUGCGUCGAGGUACCUCGUCAUCGUCUUCGCAGUUCUCUUCUUCCGGAUCGAUUACUCAGGACUAUCAGAAACUUUCCUAGUGGACUACUUCAUCACCAGCAUAGCCUUCGCCAAAAUUCACGAGUUAUUACUGAAGCUGAGGUUCGUCCUGACUUACAUUGCGCCCUGGCAAGUCACUUGGGGCUCAGCCUUCCACGCAUUCGCUCAACCCUUCUCAGUCCCUCAUUCAGCCAUGCUCUUCGUUCAAGCCACAAUAUCAGCAAUCCUCAGUACACCUUUGAACCCCUUGCUAGGAAGCGCUAUCUUCAUCUGUAGCUAUGUGAGACCGUUGAAGUUUUGGGAGCGAGAUUACAAGACCAGAAGGGUCGAUCACUCAAACACCAGGAUGUCCUCGCAUUUAGAGAGGAACCUCGGGGCUGACGACAACAAUCUCAAUUCCAUAUUCUACGAGCAGUUGACAAGAUCUCUUCAACACAGUCUCUACGGGGAUCUGGCGCUCGGAAGAUGGGGCAAUGUCGAGCAAGGAGACUGCUUCCUACUAGCUUCAGACUACCUCAACUGUCUCGUCCACGUCGUCCAACUGGGAAACGGUCUCGUCACCUUUCAACUACGAGGGCUGGAGUUCAGGGGGACUUACUGUCAACAGCGGGAGGUGGAAGCCAUCUCCGAGAGCAUCGAGGAAAACGACAACUGCUGCUGUUGUGAGAUGGGUCACUUCUCGAAUGUUCUGAGUAUGAAUGCGGCAUUCGGCCAACGCUGGCUAGCCUGGGAGGUCGCCAGUGCCAAGUACGUCCUCGAAGGCUACUCCAUCUCUGAUAAUUCUGCGGGGUCGAUGCUUCAAGUCUUCGACUUUCGGAAAGUCUUGGUUACCUAUUACGUGAAGAGCAUUGUAUUCUAUGCGAUCAAAUCGACGAAGCUUAAGCAGUGGCUGGAGAACCCUGACAUCAUCGAGGCACUGAAGCCAACCCUCGAGAAGAACUUUGUGGAUUUGGAUCCUGUCUUCAAUAUGAACAUCGAUGAGGACUUUGACUUUAGGGCUAGUGGCAUCACCAGGAGUAGUUACUGUAAUGUUUAUCUCGAUUGGAUUCAGUUCUGCGCUGUGAAGAGUGACAAGUCACUGGAGAGGACUAGGGACUCUUGUCUGGUGUCUUUGUGCCUGGCGCUGAGUCUUCUGGGGCGACGAGUCCUGGGAACUGCGUCUCAUAAUACUCUCUCCAGUGUUGAGUUCUUUCUCUACGGACUUCAUGCCCUGUUCAAGGGGGACUUUAGGAUUACGUCUAUCAGAGAUGAGUGGGUGCUGCAUGAUGUCGAUCUGCUGAGGAGUGUUGUGGCGAAGGGGGUGAGGAUGGCUUUGAAGCUUCAUCAGGAUCAUUUCAUGAGUCCUGAGCAGUAUGAGGAGCCUGCAGCCCUGUUCGAGGCGAUCGACAAUCAUGAUAGACAUCUUGUCAUCAGUCAUGAGGCGGAUCCGUUAUGGAGGAAUGCUGUGCUGAGUGGGGCACCUAGUUUGCUGGCGUUCAGGCACAUCCUGGAUGAUGGCAUCGACGAGUACAAGGUCAUCAUGCUGAAUAAGAGGUUCUUGAGCUUCAGGGUCAUCAAGAUGAACAGGGAGUGUGUGAGGGGGCUGUGGGCCGGGCAGCAGCAGGAGCUGGUUUAUCUGAGGAACAGAAAUCCUGAGAGGGGCUCCAUUCAGAACGCCAAGCAGGCGCUCAGGAAUAUCAUCAAUAGCUCUUGUGAUCAACCCAUUGGCUAUCCGAUUUAUGUUUCUCCGUUGACCACGAGUUAUGCGGAGACUAAUGAACAACUGUGCUCUAUCGUCGGGGGACCCUUGAGCUUGAGUGCUAUUAAGAGCAAUGUGCUCAAACUUUGGAGGAAGGUCAGGAGGAGGUGCGGACAGGGGUGCUCCAGCGGGGGGACUGCUGUGCAGGAUGAUGGAGGCUUCGGUAAUGAUGGGGUCUAUGUCACUGCUCAUAAUAUUCAUUUUGGGUUCAGUCAAUCAGGCCACAACACCUCAGGCUCGCAGUCAAUGGACUCCGGCUGUCAGAUAGGCGGUUCAACAGGUCGAGGUUCACUGGGACGAGCGAACACCGGCUCCCUCGGUGGCAACCGAGGCUCUCUAGCCUCAGUGGGCAAACCCACAAGUUCAACCCUAGCAUCCCUCGCUGGACUUCUCAGUAACAACGACAUCAAGACCGAAUCAAAGUGUGAAACGAGCUUCUCGAAGCCAGAGAAGGACGAAAUAUCUCAACGAGUUAGGAUAAUGGAUCCCAAUCAGGUCUACGACGCUAUCAACCUCGGUCGGAGGAUCGAUGUCAUAUGGCCUGAUGAGAGAAUGAGACAACAGGGGGGCAGAACGGGCUGGCAGCACUGGGUACCAGAGAGGGGAAUGGAGGGCUGUGUUGUGCACAGGUGGCUGCCCAAUCAUCGUGAUCCCAAUCGACGUUCUCACGUCGAUAAAGUCAUACUUCUUGUCAAAAUUGAUGAUAAGUACGUUCCCAUUGCUGAACAGGGCGUCAGGGACUUGGGUGCAGAAGUUUAGGGUAAUAGAGAAUUUUUUUUAUUGAACAAAAGGCGUGUGAUGGAUGAAUGAAGGGUUACUGCUUUAUUAUUGAUUAUUCGUGGUUAAUUAGCAGCUUCAUUCCUUCCUUAAGAGUGAUUAAUUCAUUGAUAGAGUUUAUCUGUUGAGGUUUUUCUUUGUGGAGAAUAUUCUGGAGAGGAUGUUGAUGGUUCGGAUGAAAAAAAAAUUAAUUUAAGAACGUGGUGAAUUUGCUAGGAAAUUCUGUUGAAGUUUUAGUGAACUUUCUAUUAGUUUUUGGCUGAUUCUAUUGAAAUGUUCAGGAGAAAAUAUUCUGUAGA